ACACACAGACCCUCAGAGGCUCUCUCGUGAGAGCAAUGCAACAGCCGGGUGAAAACCUGACUCCUCUCCUGGUCGCUCUGUAAACCGACACCUGCUCGACAUAUUUAACAGCUCUGCUCUAGUCAAGAAGGGGAUGAAGCAAAAUCAGAGCGCAACCAAGCAGCCUACCGUGUCAUUGCGAGUUGACAUGUCAGACUAUGAAGUGUCAGUGCAGCAGCUCAAUGAUCUGUGUGCCAAUGUUGACGGUUACUACAGCAUGCCAACACACCAUGUCGACGAGGUGUUCCCCAGGAUAUAUGUUGGAAAUGCUAUUGUGGCCAUGAACACGAUGCGUCUGAAGAAGCUAGGCAUCACCCACAUUCUGAAUGCAGCGGAAGGCAACUCCUUCAUGCACGUUAACACCAACGCGGAGUUCUACGCUGGCACAGGCAUCACAUACCACGGCAUGGGCGCCAGUGACACAGACCACUUUGACCUCAGCAUCUACUUCGAGGAGGGGGCGAACUUCAUCGAGAAGGCCUUGGCACACAAUGAUGGGAAGGGUAAAGUAUACGUUCACUGUAGAGAGGGCUACAGCCGCUCCCCAACACUGGUCAUCGCCUACCUGAUGCUGCGCCACAGGAUGGACAUUCGGUCCGCCCUGUCCAUGGUACGACAGAAGAGAGAGAUUGGCCCUAACGAUGGCUUCCUGCGCCAGCUGUGUCGCCUCAACGAAACUCUGGCGGCCGAAGGAAAGUUCUGGAACCAAUGACGGUUUUCUUUCCCCUGUACUCGUACCUUACAAGACCUGAGCCCUAGGACCAUGCCCCAGGAUUACCUGACAUGAUGA